AUGGAUAACAGGGGCUUUGGAGGAAAAAAGGGCAAAGAGGGGUCUUUUAAGCGUGCAUCUAUUAAACGCACCCCCUCUGGUUCUCAGAAGUUUCAGAGGGCAUGGAUUGAAAGGACAUUUCUAAAAAGGGAGUGCAUUCACAUAUUCCCCAGCAGAGAGCCCAACAAGUGUUGUUGCGGUCAGCUGGUAAACCAACAUGUGGCUAUUCUUCCUGGUUCCACCAAUAAGAGCGCAGAGGAAGGCCAGGGGGUGCAGGCCGAGCCUCCACAAGAGAAAUGGUCGGUUGCUAAGCACACACAAGCCACGCCCACUGACGCAUACGGCAUCAUUGAAUUCCAGGGAGGAGGUCAUGUCAACAAGGCCAUGUAUAUCCGUGUGUCCUGUGAUACCAAGCCCGACAACCUUCUGCAUCUGAUGGUGAAAGACUGGCAGCUGGAGCUGCCCACCCUGCUGAUCUCUGUGCAUGGAGGCCUGCAGAACUUCGAGUUGCAGCCCAAACUCAAGCAAGUGUUUGGAAAGGGCCUAAUAAAAGCAGCAGUUACCACUGGGGCCUGGAUCUUCACUGGGGGAGUUAGUACAGGAGUGAUUCGGCAUGUGGGAGAUGCGCUAAAAGACCACUCUUCCAAGUCCCGUGGGAAAGUGUGCGCCAUCGGAAUUGCACCAUGGGGUAUUGUGGAAAAUAAAGAGGAUCUGAUUGGAAGAGAUGUGACACGGCCCUACCAAACCAUGUCCAACCCUCUCAGCAAACUUUCUGUGCUUAACAACAGCCAUUCCCACUUCAUUCUGGCUGACAACGGCACUCACGGAAAGUAUGGUGCGGAGGUCCGACUGCGCAGGCAGCUGGAGAAACACAUCUCUCUGCAGAAGAUCAACACCCGUCUGGGUCAUGGGGUUCCUUUGGUGUGUCUGAUUCUUGAAGGAGGGCCGAAUGUAAUCUCCAUUGUGUUGGAGAGUCUGCGUGAGGAACCUCCUGUACCUGUGGUUGUGUGCGACGGCAGCGGCCGAGCAUCGGAUAUCAUUUCAUUCGCUCACAAGUAUUCGGAGGAGGAUGGGUGAGGA